ACAAACGCGUUGCUGGAUCCUCCUCCUCUCCUCGCUGGCGAAGCCUUUUCUCCCGUCUUUGCUCAAUCUUGAUUGCGUCUCCUUCUGGUUCAUCGCCGUCGAUUACUGUCGGAGAUAUCAAUUUCAUCAGACGGACGCUCACGGUCACGCAGCAACGUUGAUUCGUCGCUCCCUUGAGAAUUCACGGAGAUGGCGAUGACAGUUGAAGUCUACUAUUGCUCUCUUGGAUCAUGAUGUACCCAUGCAGUGCUUGCUGGACUUGCCCUCAUGUUUUCAUCUAGUUUCCUCCUGCAAAUCGUGGCUUGUGCAAUAUACAGCAAUUGGUGGCCAAUGUUAUCAGCUCUCAUGUAUGUUUUGGUCCCUAUGCCAUGCAUGUUCUUUGGUGGUGGAUCCACUGAAUAUUUACUCAGCCGGGAUGGUGGCGGGUGGAUAGAUGCUGCUAAAUUCCUAACCGGCGCUUCGGCAGUAGGGAGCAUAGCCAUCCCUAUUAUCCUAAGGCACGCCCAUCUGAUCAGCACCGGAGCUAUGUUGAUUGAAUUCAUGUCGUUUUUCAUAUUUGUGUGUACGGUUAUGUGCUUUCAUCGUGCUAAUCUUGAAGACGAAUGGUGAUGAACACUCCAAAAAGAACUUCGCGGGAAUUUGUCCAGAUUUAAAAAGAAAAGUGAAAGAACCAAGAAGGUGAACAAAUUAGAAAAAGAACAAGUUCCCAUUAAUGUAAAGCUAGAAAAAAACUGACUUAAUUUUCUUGACUUACUUUUGUGAUGAACCAAGUGGUCUUUUUAUGAGGUUGUUCAGGCAUAUGUAUAUGUAUAAGCAAAUAAGGUGUGUUUACCCAUGGAAAGAUGGUAAUUUGGUGAA